AUGGCAGAUCGGAGACGAGUAAAUGGGCCAGGAGGUUCUACUUUACCACCAGUUUACGACGAUGGCGAAUUGGAUGCAGUUUCGCGCCGCCAACGAGCGCCCGAUGCUAUUCGGCCACUCUAUCUCAAGACAGGAGUGACACCAUCCGCAUCUGGCUCAGCCUAUCUAGAAAUCGAGCCAAGAGAAGGCGAGUACGGCUCCGGCAUGAAGCUAACAUGCACCGUUCAUGGGCCCAGGUCUCUCCCACGCUCUGCGCCAUUCUCUCCUUAUAUGGUGCUCUCAACUCAUGUCAAGUUCGCCCCUUUCGCCACGAAACAGCGCAGAGGCUAUCUGCGCGACUCAAGCGAGAAGGAUCUCAGUACGCAUCUAGAAACUGCUCUUCGUGGCGCUCUGAUUGCCGACCGAUGGCCCAAAAGUGGCGUCGAUGUCGUGGUGACCAUUAUCGAGGGGGAAUCGACUCGCCAGGAUGCAGUGGAGCGGAGAGUCGAAGAAUGGGAUGUGAUGAACGUGCUAGGUGGGUGCAUUACGGUUGCUUCUGCAGCGAUUGCCGACGCAGGGAUCGAUUGCGUCGACACCGUCUCCGGAGGAGUGGCCGCCUUGGUAGCGGGCAAGGAUGGCAACGAAACGUCAGUUGUGCUUGACCCGGUGGCUUUGGAGCAUGAGUCUAUUCUUGCUGCCUGCUGCGUGGCCUAUCUACCCAACAGAGAUGAGAUCACAAAUCUGUGGUUCAAGGGCCGGCUGCCCUCAGCAGCUUCUUACAAUCAUCAGUCACUUGUCUCCAGGGCAGUGCAGGCGAGUAAAGGAACACAUGGGUUGAUAUCGGCGUCUCUCAGCGAAGUUAUUAGCAAUUCUCAAAACUAA